AUGAUACCUAGGCUUUCACAGGCUCUUGUCAGUAGCCGAAUAAGGCUAUCUUCUGAAUUCAUAACAAAAUGCAGAGUUACCACCCACUUUACACCACACACGUAUUUUAAACGGUUCAAUUCUUCCUCGUCCUCGUCCUCGUCCUCGUCCUCCCCCUCACAAGAUCAACAACUUACAGACUUGGAAGCUCAGGAUAUCAAGUAUAGAAAACAAAGAGAACUUUCUCUCAGAUUGGUUAAGAUCAAGAAUUAUGGCGAUUAUUUCCCACCUCAUACUCAUCCAGGUUCAACGCACUACAAAAAACCAGUCCAUGACCAUUUACACAAGGGACGACCAGUUAAAGAAUUGACUGCACCCAAGAAAAAGACAGCCGGUAGAAACAACAAAGGACAAAUCACAAUAAGGGGUAGAGGUGGUGGUCACAAACAACGUGUUAGAUUACUUGAUUUCCACCGAUGGGAACUGGGAAAAAACAAAGUUGUUCGAAUCGAAUAUGACCCAAACAGAUCAGGACAUAUUGCAUUAUUGGAAAACGUAACUACGGGGAACUUGUCAUAUAUUUUGGCACCACAAGGGUUACGUAGUGGUGAUGUGGUUGAAAGUUUCAGACAGGGUAUUCCUCAAGAUUUCAUUGAGGAAAUGAAGAGGACAAAUAAUGGUGAAAUUGAUGAUGCAUUAUUAUCCGCCAGAAUCUUACAAAGGGGCAAUUGCUUACCAUUGAAGAUGUUACCCGUUGGAUCAAUCAUCCAUAAUAUCGCCUUACAUCCAGGUCAAAGAGCACAACUAGUCCGUAGUGCAGGAACAUUUGGUAAAAUUUUGUCCAAACAUCCAGAAAAAUCACGAGCCAUUAUCAAAUUAUCCAGUGGGGAACAUCGUUUUGUACAUUUGGAUUGCCAUGCGACAUUGGGAGUGGUUUCCAAUAAGGAGCAUCAAUUGAUUUCAUGGGGUAAAGCCGGUAGAGCAAGACACAGAGGUAGGAGACCAAUCACAAGAGGUGUUGCUAUGAAUGCCAACGAUCAUCCUCAUGGUGGUGGUAGAGGUAAAUCCAAGUCCAACAAGUUUAGUCAAUCGAAAUGGGGAUUGAAGAAGUUCCAAAAGACAAGACUUAGAGCUAACCCAAAUGUUAUUAGAAACAGAAAGGGAAGAAUGGUGAGACACAAGUAG